CUUGAGUUGGCGAUUGGCAUAGGAGCUGACUGUUUAGUGCUACCUCGGACAACCCCCUUGCACCUUGCCAUAAAAGAUACCAUGGAACACGGUAAGAGGACCUUCGCUGCCUGCUAGGGGCACAUUGGGGAAAACUCUCCAAGAUGGAGCGAGCGCACGUUACCUCUUGUGCCAAUGUACUGGCUUCCAAGCGAUUGCCUCAUGAGCUCCUGUUGCCCAUCUUUGACCUCGUUGCCUCCGAGUCUCUGACAGCAACACUGGCUCUAUGCUGUCUCAAUCGCUUCUGGCAGAAUGAAUACGAGCGUAGGGUCUACAGAUCCGUUCUGCUGCAGCGGCAAAGCGAGGUCCAGCUUGUGCGACGUGCGCUGCGCUCUCGACCCGAGCGAGGGCAGCACAUAAGGGAUCUCAGCUUAAUCCACAUUUCCCUCGGACGCCGAGAAGAUCAGUUCGAAUCGGACAGUGAGAUUACACACGCAUCUGCCGUGGAUGCAGAUGCGCUUUUGCAGUUGACACCGAACGUGAGACGGCUCCAGCUUUCGCAUUGCUAUUUCUUCGGUUGGGAGCGGGGGCUGUACAAUACCAAACAGCUUGAAGAGGCGCAUUUACACGGUUGCCGGGACCAGGGGUGUCUGAAGGCGCUCAUUAACAAAGAGGACAAGAUGCUGGAGGACAUCGCCAUGAAGGAUGCUUCAGCCAGAGGCUCCCACACAAACCCAAGCAGCAAGGAGAUGCUGCGUUUGAAAUAUGGCGAUCAGUUGCCCAUGAAGCGAAUCGAGUUAUGUUUCUAUACAGGCGCGAUGCUCGCUGAAUUGGUGCAGCUCUCUGGCCUGACGCACAUUGUUCUGACGCGCGUCUACUCGAGACGGCAGAUCGCAGGCCUUCCAAACGUACGCCUACUACCACGCUCAUCCGUUCAGAUGUUGCUCUCUUCCCCUCGCAUCAAACGCCUGAUAAUCCAAGACGAGACCAAGAUGCUGAGUCGAAUCAUAUCCGAGCUAAACGGGAUCGAAGACCCCCGCCUGAGAUUCCGGGCGCUCGUCUCGCGUCAGACCCUCGAGGCAAGGUUUGGCAGUGCAGACACGCUGCACCCUGCGCAGUCGAUCGGCAACCGGUACGAGGACUGGGUUACACGUGCGCAAUUGUGGCGAGAUGCGUUUCUGUUCGGCGAGGAGGAGGAGUUCAAGCAGGCUGCACAAGAGGUCCCGUAUUCAGGUGGCCUUCUGGUCGGUCAUCCUGCAACGCCUUGGCAAGACCAGAGAGGUGAUUACGUUGGCGCAACCCUUGAAACAUUUACUGGCGUGCUUGCCUUCGACUUGAUGAUAAACGGGCCGCCCAACCCAGGGCCCGCGGAGGUUGAAGCAGAGCCGCUGCUUAUCAGCAUGCCAGGCUUUGAAGGGUGAUGAAUGACGCCAGCGUGCGGUGCCUUUCCAUGAGCCCGUGUCGCACGUAGCAUACAGUUGGUAGGGCAACUUGUACGACAUACAUCGCUGUCUCACAAACCUGAAUACCCGCGACCUCCGAGACUCUGAACCCAAGAGAUGUGCAAUGAACUCCAUCACAAUUCCAACCCCAAAAUGCCGAUGGAGCAAAUGAAUACAAACAAAAGGGGGGGACGGCUCUCGCUUUCUGCUUUUUCUUUUGGUUUCUCACAUCGAGCGCGUCCCCCUGAUUAGCGUGCUG